AUGGUGGCACCCCAGGUUCUCUUCCUGCUCUGCCUCCUGGCCUUCUGCUUGGCAGGCUCCAACUUCGUCAGGGGGCAGAAGGUGCGGUCCAAACGCUGUGACAUGAAGACCAAGUUUGUCACUCACAUGCCCUGCACCCCGUGCACUGCCGUCAAGAGGCGGGCUUGUCCCCCAGGCUGGCUUCGGGAGACUUCAGAGAGGAUAUCCGAGAACUGCCGCUACGAGGUGCAGCUGGGGGACUCUUUGGUGUCCAUGAGCGGCUGCAGCCCAGAGUGCUGGAAGGAUGUGGUGCAGAAGGCCUGCUGCCCUGGCUACUGGGGGUCCCAGUGCUAUGAGUGCCCUGGGGGUGCUGAGACCCCAUGCAAUGGCCACGGGAUCUGCCUGGAUGGCAUAGCCAGGAAUGGGACCUGCAUGUGCCAGGAAAACUUCAGCGGCUCAGCCUGCCAGGAGUGCCAAGACCCCAACCGGUUUGGGCCUGACUGUCAAUCAGUGUGCAGCUGUGUGCAUGGUGUGUGCAGCCAUGGGCCACGUGGGGAUGGAAGCUGCCUGUGCUUUGCUGGUUACACUGGCCCCCACUGUGACCAAGAGCUGCCGGUCUGCCAGGCCCUGGGCUGUCCUCAGAACUCCCAGUGUUCUGCAGAAGCCCCCACCUGCAGGUGCCUGCCAGGCUAUACCUGGCAGGGCAGCGAAUGCCGAGCUCCCCACCCCUGUAAGCCAUCACCCUGCUACCCACUGGCCCAGUGCUCGGUGAGCCCCAAUGGGCAGGCUCAGUGUCACUGCCCUGAAAACUACCAUGGCGAUGGGACGGUGUGUCUGCCUCAGGACCCGUGCACCAGCAACCUGGGUGGCUGCCCCAGCAACUCUACCUUAUGUCUGUACCAGAAGCCAGGCAAGGCCUCCUGCUUGUGCCAGCCAGGCCUGGUCAGCAUCAACCACAAUGCCUCUGCGGGCUGCUUCGCCUUCUGCUUCCCCCACUCCUGUGACCAGUCAGCCACCUGCCAGGUGACCCCUGAUGGGAAGACCAGCUGUGUGUGCAAGGAGGGUGAGGUGGGGGAUGGGCGUGCCUGCUACGGACACCUGCUCCACGAGGUGCAGAAGGCCAGACAGACAGGCCUGGUAUUCCUGCGGCUGAGAGUUGCUGUCGCCAUGCUGGACCAGGGCUGCCGGGAGAUCCUCACCACAUCGGGCCCGUUCACCGUGCUGGUGCCAUCCACCUCCUUCAUCUCCUCCACCUUCUCUACCUCCUCCCUCUCUUCCAGGACCAUGAACGCUUCCCUUGCCCAGCAGCUCUGCAGACAGCACAUCAUCGCAGGGCAGCAUGUACUGGAGGACACUGGGGCCCAGAAUACACGCAGGUGGUGGACGCUGGCCGGGCAGGAGAUCACUGUCACCUUCAACCGCUUUAUGAAAUACGCCUACAAGUACAAAGACCUGCCCCAGCAGACAUUCACCAUCCACAGGGCCAACUACAUAGCGGCCAAUGGAGUCUUCCACGUGGUCACGGACCUGCGGUGGCAGCCUCCAUCCGGGCUCCUUGGGGACCCUGGGAGAACUAUCGGCCAGAUUCUCGCCUCUAUGGAGGCCUUCAGCCGGUUUGAAACCAUCCUGGAGAACUGUGGGCUGCCCUCCAUCCUGGACGGGCCUGGGCCAUUCACAGUCUUUGCUCCAAGCAAUGAGGCUGUGGACAGCUUGCGUGACGGCCGCCUGAUCUACCUCUUCACAGUCGGUCUCUCCAAGCUGCAGGAGUUGGUGAGGUACCACCUCUACAGCCAUGGCCGGCUGACCAUUGAGAAGCUCAUCUCCAAGGGUCGGGUCCUCACCAUGGCAAACCAGGUCCUGGCUGUGAAUAUCUCUGAGGAGGGGCGCAUCCUGCUGGGACCUGAGGGGGUCCCGCUGCGGAGAGUGGAUGUGCUGGCCGCCAACGGUGUGAUCCAUAUGCUGGAGGGCAUCUUGUUGCCCCCGACCAUCCUGCCCAUCCUGCCCAAGCACUGCAACGAGGAGCAGCACAAGAUUGUGGUGGGCUCUUGUGUGGACUGUCAAGUCCUGAACACCAGCACGUGUCCCCCCAACAGCGUGAAGCUGGACCUCUCCCCCAGGGAGUGUGUCUACAUCCAUGACCCUACUGGACUCAAUGUUCUGAAGAAGGGUUGUGCUGGCUACUGCAACCAGACCAUCACGAAACUUGGAUGCUGCAAAGGUUUUUUUGGGCCUGACUGCACACAGUGUCCUGGGGGCUUCUCCAACCCCUGCUACGGCAAAGGCAAUUGCAGUGAUGGGGUCCAGGGCAACGGGGCCUGCCACUGCUUCCCAGACUACAAGGGCAUCGCCUGUCAUAUCUGCUCCAGUCCAAACAAGCAUGGAGACCAGUGCCAGGAAGACUGCGGCUGUGUUCAUGGUCUAUGUGACAAUCGUCCAGGCAGUGGGGGUGUGUGCCAGCAUGGCACUUGUGCCCCUGGCUUCAGCGGCCGCUUCUGCAAUGAGUCCAUAGGGAACUGUGAGCCCAUGGGGCUGGCCCAGCACUGCCACCAGCAUGCCCGCUGCAUUAGACAGGGGGGUGUCGCCAGAUGUCUCUGUCUCGAUGGCUUCGAGGGCAAUGGUUUCUCCUGCACACCCAGCAACCCCUGCUCCCACCCAGACCGUGGUGGCUGCUCAGAGAACGCUGAGUGUGUCCCUGGGGCCCUGGGCACCCACCACUGUACAUGCCACAAAGGCUGGAGUGGCGACGGUCGUGUUUGUGUGGCCAUCAAUGAGUGUGAGCUGGAUACGAGAGGUGGCUGCCAUGCCAAUGCCCUCUGCAGCUAUGUGGGACCCGGGCAGAGCCGGUGCACCUGCAAGCUGGGCUUUGCUGGGGACGGCUACCAGUGCAGUCCCAUCGACCCCUGCCGGGCAGGCAAUGGUGGCUGCCAUGACCUGGCCACCUGCCAGGCAGUGGGGGGAGGUCAGCGGGUCUGCACGUGCCCCUCUGGCUUUGGGGGUGAUGGCUUCAGCUGCUAUGGAGACAUCUCCCGUGAGCUGGAGGCAAAUGCCCACUUCUCCGUCUUCUACCAGUGGUUUAAGAGUGCCAGCAUCACUCUUCCUGCUGCCAGCAAAUUCACAGCUCUGGUGCCCUCUGAGUCUGCCAUCCAGAGACUGAGCCCUGAGGACCGAGCCUUCUGGCUGCAGCCAAGGAUGCUGCCGAACCUGGUCAGGGCUCAUUUUCUCCAGGGUGCUCUCUCCGAGGAAGAGCUGGCCCAGCUGGGUGGGCAGGACGUAGCUACUCUGAAUCCUACCACACGAUGGGAGAUUCACAACAUCAGUGGGAGGAUCUGGGUGCAGAAUGCCAGCGUGGACGUGGCUGACCUCCUUGCCACCAACGGUGUCCUACACAUCCUCAGUCAGGUCUUACUACCCCCACGAGGGGACCUGCAGGGCGGGCCAGGGUUGCUCCAGCAGCUGGACUUGGUGCCUGCCUUCCGCCUCUUCCGGGAGCUGCUGCAGCGCCACAGGUUGGUGUCCCAGAUUGAGGCUGCCACCGCCUACACCAUUUUUGUGCCCACAAACCGCUCCCUGGAGGCUCAGGGCAACAGCAGCAGCCUGGAUGCAGACACAGUGCAACACCACGUGAUCCUGGGAGAGGCGCUCUCCAUGGAAGCCCUGCAGAGGGGGGGACACCGAAACUCCUUCCUAGGCCCUGCUCACUGGCUCGUCUUCUACAACCACAGCGGCCAGCUUGAGGUGAACCACCUGCCUCUGGAAGGCCCUAUGCUGGAGGCCCCUGGACGUUCCCUGUUUGGCCUGUCAGGGGUCCUGACGGUGAGCUCAAGCCGCUGCCUGCGUAGCCACGCCGAGGCCCUGCGGGAGAAAUGCACGAACUGCACCCGGAAAGUCCGCUGCACUCAGGGCUUCCAGCUGCAGAACACACCCAGGAAGAGCUGUGUCUACCGAUCUGGCUUCUCGUUCUCCCUGGGCUGCUCUUACACAUGUGCCAAGAAAAUCCAGGUGCUCGACUGCUGUUCCGGCUUCUUUGGCACACUGUGUGAGCCGUGCCCAGGGGGUCUUGGUGGUGUGUGCUCAGGCCACGGGCAGUGCCAGGACAGGCUCCUGGGCAGUGGGGAGUGCCACUGUAAUGAGGGCUUCCAUGGAACAGCCUGUGAGAUGUGUGAGCUGGGCCGCUAUGGGCCCAACUGCACUGGAGUGUGUGACUGUGCUCACGGGCUGUGCCAGGAGGGGCUGCAAGGGGACGGAAGCUGUGUCUGUAACGUGGGCUGGCAGGGCCUCCACUGUGACCAGAAAAUAAUUGGCCCUCAGUGCCCCAAGAAGUGCGACCCCAAUGCCAACUGCAUACAGGACUUGGCUGGAGCCUCCACCUGUGUCUGUGCUGCGGGAUACUCGGGCAAUGGCACCUACUGCUCAGAGGUGAACCCUUGUGCCCAUAGCCAUGGGGGCUGCUCCCCCUAUGCUAACUGCACCAAGGUGGCACCUGGGCAGCGGACAUGCACCUGCCAGGAUGGCUACAUGGGCGACGGGGAACUGUGCCAAGAAAUUAACAGCUGUCUCAUACGCCACGGAGGGUGCCACAUUCACGCCGAGUGCAUCCCCAUAGACCCCCUGCAGGUCUCCUGCAGCUGCCGCAAGGGUUACAGUGGGGAUGGCAUCCGGACGUGUGAGCUCCUGGACCCCUGCUCCCAGAACAAUGGAGGCUGCAGCCCCUAUGCUGUGUGCAAAAGCACGGGGGAUGGCGAGAGGACAUGCACCUGUGACACAGCCCACACCGUGGGAGACGGCUUCACCUGCCGUGCCCGACUCAGCCUGGAGCUCCUUCGAGACAAGCAGGCCUCAUUCUUCAGCCUUUUCCACGUGGAAUACAAGGAGCUCAAGGGUGAUGGGCCUUUCACAGUCUUCCUUCCGCAAGCAGAUCUAAUGACCAAUCUGUCGCAGGAAGAGCUGGCCCGGAUUCGCGCACAUCACCAGCUGGUGUUUCGCUACCACGUGGUCGGCUGCCGGCGGCUGCUGAGCCAGGAGCUGCUGGACCAGGGGUAUGCCACGGCGCUCUCGGGGCACCCGCUGCGCUUCAGCGAGAGGGAGGGCAACAUAUACCUCAAUGACUUCGCCCGGGUGGUGAGCAGCGACCACGAGGCUGUGAACGGCGUCCUGCACUUCAUCGACCGUGUCCUGCUGCCGCCCGACGUGCUACACUGGGAGCCCGACACUGCCCCGAUCCCGCGGAGAAACGUCACGGCCGCCGCCGAAAGCUUCGGUUACAAGAUCUUCAGCGGCCUUGUGAAGGUGGCUGGCCUCCUGCCCCUCUUUCGAGAUGCAUCCCAUAGGCCCCUCACAAUGCUGUGGCCUACAGACUCUGCCCUGCAAGCCCUGCCUCCCGAUCGCCAGGCCUGGUUGUACCAUGAGGACCACCGUGACAAGCUGACAGCCAUUCUUCGGGGCCAUGUGAUCCGCAAUAUUGAGGCCUUAGCAUCUGACCUGCCCAACCUGGGCCCACUCCGAACCAUGCAUGGGACUCCCAUCUCCUUCUCCUGCAGCCGCACCCGGCCCGGUGAGCUCAUGGUGGGUGAGGAUGAGGCCCGCAUUGUGCAGCGACACCUGCCCUUUCAGGGUGGCCUGGCUUAUGGCAUCGACCAGCUGCUGGAGCCACCUGGCCUUGGUGCCCGCUGUGAUCUCUUUGAGAAAAGGCCACUGUGGCUGAAGAUUUGCAGCAUCUGCGGGUUGGAGCCUCCAUGUCCUGAGGGAUCACGGGAGCAGGGCAGCCCUGAGGCCUGCUGGCGCUACUACUCUAAGUUCUGGACGUCCCCUCCUCUGCACUCCUUGGCACUACGUAGCAUCUGGGGCCGGCCCAGCCUCUGGGGGCAGCCCCAAGGUCUGGGCAGGGGCUGCUACCGCAACUGUGUCACCACCACCUGGAAGCCCAGCUGCUGCCCUGGUCACUAUGGCAGUGAGUGCCAAGCUUGCCCUGGAGGCCCCAGCAGCCCCUGUAGUAACCAUGGUGUGUGCCAGGACGGCAUGAGCGGCAGUGGGCAGUGUAGAUGUCAUUCGGGUUUUGCCGGGACUGCCUGUGAACUCUGUGUGCCUGGUGCCUUUGGACCCAAAUGCCAAGCCUGCCGCUGCACCACCCAUGGCCGCUGUGAUGAGGGCCUUGGGGGCUCUGGCUCCUGCUUCUGUGAUGAAGGCUGGACUGGGCCACGCUGUGAGGUGCAGCUGGAGCUGCAGCCUGUGUGUCUGCCACCUUGUGCACCCCAGGCCAUGUGCCGUGUGGGCAACAGCUGCGAGUGCAGCCUGGGCUAUGAAGGGGAUGGCCGUGUGUGCACAGUGGUGGACCUGUGCCAGGAUGGGCAUGGUGUCUGCAGCGAGCAUGCCAACUGCAGCCAGGUAGGCACAGUGGUCACCUGUGCCUGCCUUCCUGACUAUGAGGGCGAUGGCUGGAGCUGCCGGGCUCGCAACCCCUGCGCAGACAGCCACCGUGGGGGCUGCAGUGAGCAUGCUGACUGCCUGAGCAUCGGUCCGAACAUGCGGCGCUGUGAGUGCCAUGCAGGCUACGUGGGUGAUGGACUACAGUGUCUGGAGGAGCCCGAGCCACCUGUGGACCGCUGCCUGGGCCAGCCACCACCCUGCCAUGUGGACGCUGUGUGUGUGGAUCUGCACUUCCAGGAGAAACGGGCUGGUGUCUUCCACCUCCAGGCCACCAGUGGCCCUUAUGGCCUGAACUUCUCAGAGGCAGAGGCGGCAUGUGGAGCCCAGGGAGCUGUCCUUGCUUCACUCCCUCAGCUCUCUGCUGCCCAGCAGCUGGGCUUCCACCUGUGCCUCGUGGGCUGGCUGGCCAAUGGCUCUGCUGCCCACCCCGUCGUUUUUCCUGCGGCAGACUGUGGUGAUGGUCAGGUGGGUGUAGUCAGCAAAGGAGUCCGUGAGAACCUCUCGGAGCGCUGGGAUGCCUACUGCUACCGAGUGCAAGACGUGGUCUGCGGAUGCCGAGACGGCUUCGUGGGUGAUGGGAUCAGUGUGUGCAACGGAAAGCUGCUCGAUGUGCUGGCUGCCACUGCCAACUUCUCCACCUUUUAUGGGAUGCUGCUGGGCUAUGCCAAUGCCACCCAGAGGGGUCUUGACUUCCUGGACUUCCUAGAUGACGAGCUUACCUACAAGACACUCUUUGUCCCUGUCAAUGAAGGCUUUGUGGACAACAUGACGCUGACUGGCCCAGACCUGGAGUUACAUGCCUCCAACACCACCUUCCUGAGCACCAACAUCAGCCAGGGGGCCUUGAUCCCUGCCCACUCAGGACUCAGCCUUGUCAUCAGUGACACGGGCCCUGACAAUAGUUCUAGGGCCCCUGUGGCCCCAGGGGCAGUUGUGGUUAGCUGCGUCAUCACGUGGGACAUUGUGGCCUUCAAUGGCAUCAUCCAUGCUCUGGCCAGCCCCCUGCUGGCACCCCCACAGCCUCAGGUGGUGCUGGCACCUGAAGUCCCACCUGUGGCAGCAGGUGCAGGGGCUGUGGUAGCUGCUGGAGCGCUGCUGGGCCUUGUGGCGGGAGUCCUCUACCUCCGUGCCCGAGGCAAACCCACAGGCUUUGGUUUCUCCACCUUCCGGGCGGAAAGUGAUGCUGAUGACGACUUCUCCCCAUGGCAAGGAGGGACCAGCCCAACCCUGGUCUCUGUCCCCAACCCCAUCUUUGGCAGCCACGAUGCCUUUUGUGAGCCCUUUGACGACUCGCUCCUGGAGGAGGACUUCCCUGACACCCAGAGGAUCCUGGCAGUCAAGUGAUGUGGCUGAGGCUGAAGCAGAGACACGUGCAGGAAGGAGGCCACUUUUAUUGCUUGCCCAGACAGAUGCCCAGCGUGGACAGGGUG